CGCGGCCAUACCAAGGCUCCCAACUUGAAGUCCUUCAUGAUGGCGGCCUCAACCAGGAGCAUGAUUUGCAUGAGAGCGAUAGCCAACGAAGACUUUUCGCCCUCGCAAGUGCUGCGUUAUCACAGCUUCCGAUAUGGGGUAACAAUACUCUUUAACGCUUCUCUCCAUCUAGAUAGGUAGUUGACAUUGUCAGGUUUCGCUAUGAGCUAUGGUAUUUUGCAAGAAUACUUUUUUAAGCACUGGACGAUGAAUGGCAGCCGCGAAAUAACAGGGUUGAUUGGCACGACUUCUAACGGCGUCAUGUAUUUGUCCAUGCCCUUUCUAUUUGCCCUGUUUGCUAAAAGAUGGAUUCAUUACCGUCGUAUUGCUGCCAUCUUGGGGGCUCUACUUGCUUGUGCUAGUUUUGUCAUUUCCUCAUUCAGUACACAUGUUUGGCACUUGGUCGUGACUCAGGGCAUUCUGGCGGCAUUUGGGUGCGCUCUGAUUUACAGCCCGACGACAUUAUCUCUUGGUGAGUGGUUCGCUGUCCAGAAUCGUGUCUGUAACCGAGCGAUCGCAUACGGGAUUUGUUUAUCCAGCAAAAACAUUGUCGGUUCCGUUUGCCCAUUUAUAUUUCGAGGUCUUCUCGACCGAGUUGGCUUUCGCCUUACCAUGAUAGCAUGGGCCGGAAUAAUGAUUGGUACAGCGGCUCCCUGCAUCAGUCUUAUAAAAACACCACAUCAACCUCGUCCAGUUGCAGGCUCGGACUCAGAGCGCACAGUCCCUAUGCAAUUUCUCAGGCAUAGGACAUUCUGGAUCUAUAGCACAGCAACCAUGCUCCAAAGCGCGGGAUACGGCGUUCCCCAGACCUAUCUCACCGAAUAUGCUCGCAAUGUGUCUACGCUAUCGCCGACCUUUUCAACCCUUCUACUUACCCUCGUCAAUGUUCCUGGCAUCUGCUCUUCGACCUUUUUCGGCUUCCUCAGCGAUAACAAACGGAUUCGGCUAUCAGCCUCAACUGUAACAGCCAUUUCUGCCGUCAGCUCCGCUUUGUCUGCGUUUCUUUUCUGGGGCUUGGCUUCGCGUGGCAGCACGGCCUUACUCAUCAUGUUUGCUAUUACAUUUGGCUUUUUUGCAAGCGGAUACAGCGCGACAUGGGCUGGCGUUCUAAACGAUAUGGAACGUGACGCACAAAGAAGUGGAGAAUUGCUUGAUAGCGGGAUGCUGUACGGCUUAUUGAAUGGUGCACGGGGAAUUGGAUAUGUAAGUGGAGGCCUGGUAAGCGUACCAUUAAUGAAGGCUGGGAGUGAAAACUCGGUUGGAUCUUUGGGAUAUAGCACGGCAUACGGGCCCCUCAUUGUUUUCACGGGCCUCUCGUUGGCUUUGGGUGGUUGGGGUGUUGCUUUCAAAACGAGGUAGAGGCAGAUGAUCGUCUUGUAUGUCGAUUCAAGGUUAUUCGCUUUGUAAAGGCAGUUCGCAACCCGUUCUCCUCUCCAAAAUGAGUUCACGUAAUUGAUGCAUUCUCAAUACUUGAUGCCCUCCUACUUAGAAUGGAG